AUGCCGUCGAACAUACAGGUCUUCGUGAAAUGGAAGGACCAGACAAUUUUUGCCGGGGAGGAUGUGGAAUGCACCAUCACCUUCAAGAACGUCUCAGAAACUGCUUCUGAAGCAGGCCAUGGGGGUGAGGGUGGCCAGCAUCAUCGCAAGCUGUCUCGAGUCGCGAAUCACACCAGCAGCAACUCUACCUCGGACUCGUUCUUCUCCUUGAAAUCCCCCCAGAGCCUCUUCUCGGGCAGGCGGUCUUACUCGAUCAGCUCUCAGAGGAAACCUUCCCACCGGACCGCGUCAUCGUUGAGCUCCCCGCUCGUGUCCUCGCACAGCUUCCCGCCGACCAGCGGCCCCUCCACCCCUCGAAGUUGGCAGCCCGGCCACAGUCACAAACGAUCGGUGUCGAUUCUAUCUAUCGAGAGUGAAAGUCAGCCUGAGAAGACCACCCCGGCCCCAAACUAUGGCCGGGCUCGGCCGGCCAGGGGUCAUGGGCGCUCAGCCAGUCUCCAAGUUGCCCCCAGGAGGAAUGAUAGCUAUGAUGAUUCCCAUCGGAAAGGUAUCUACCCAGGCAGGCCAAUGAUGGGGAGAGCUCCCAUACGUGGUUCUCCACUAACAGAAUCCCCAAACGAGUCCGUUACAGGCAAUUUGCGAGUCGACACUUCCCGGGCUGGACGAGCCAGUCGUCCUGAGUCUCUUACAAACAGCCCCGUUGUUCCAACCGAACUAUUACGUGCCCCGCCACGACGAACAAAACCGCCAGCCUUCGAUUUCAAGUUCCCUGCUCCGCUCCCAACGAAUGAACCAAACAACAGCCGCCCUCCUCUCUCUCCCUCUCCAAAGUCAUCGGAAAGAAACCCUGCGGCGGGCAAGCCGGCAUCAAAAGAUUCAACGUCAUUGGCAGCUCCACCACAUCAGCAGCUUACGCGGAUAAUAUCAGCCACGAGCGUGAAUGGAAGCAGCCGAAGUAGUGGAGAGUUCUACUCGGUUAGUGAUCAUUCGAGUGAGACGCUGGCGUCGGAGUAUACAACCUAUUCGACACAAGGCGCACGAGUGCCUCCUUCUGUACGCCACGGACGGCAUUACUCGAGUGUGUUGGCAUCAACAAUGCCGUCCGAUAGCCAGGCGCUACUAAUGGGCUACGCGCAAAUCAGUGCGUCUUUCACGGUGGAUGGGUCUUUAGUGAACCAGUCAGUAUUCGAUGAGGUCAAACGGAAAGGUGUUGUCGGUGGCCAAGCAGGCACAGGCGGAGUGCCAGGACGGCCAAGUUCGAAUGGUGAUCGAUCACGCAAAGGGGCAGGUUUCUGGGGGGCGCUCAAGUGGAAUGCUAUCGAAGAGUCCAUCAAUGGGUUUCUCUCGAACAAUGAGCUUGAUGGCCUACGAGAAAUGCGCGGGGUCGCUUCGUCACGAUCGAUUCCGUUGCUGUCCACCCCACAGUCGCUACUUUUCGUUGACCUACGACUGGCACCCGGCGAAGAACAAUCUUACUCGUUCUCUUUCGCGCUUCCCAGAGGACUCCCCGCGUCUCACAAAGGAAAGGCGAUUAAAAUUUCCUAUAAUCUGGUCAUUGGUACCCAACGCCCUAGUGGGCCGAAUGAGUCCCAGCGAGUAAAUCGCAUUAACAUUCCAUUCCGUGUCUAUAGCGGCGUCAAUGAAAAAGGAGACGUCCUUGGCCAUGACCUGAUGUCACCGUACGUGAUUUUGCGUGACGAAGCCAAGGUGCAAAAGAUUGGGUCCAAUACACCCCUGACCGUCAAAAAUCAGAGUAUAAGCGGGGCAUGGAAUUCCGCUGGAGAUUUCCUCUCUUACGUGGAUGAAAUCCUGGAAGAGCGUGCACGCGCAAACUCGCUAUUUCCUCCAGGGACCCUCCCCGAGAGACGGUCAAGCUAUGAUGGGCCUCCGCCGCACGCGUUGUCUUGUAAGGAUAUAAUUGAUUUUGCCAUCCUUCGCAGCAAUCAAGCCGUGCAGUCCCGGCGCAGUCCCAACCGGUUUGAGAUUGCUCGCGAUGGGCAGCGCAUCGCUGUGGUUGUGCUGAAUCGCCCAGUGCACCGGCUUGGUGAGACUGUCAUUGCCACCGUGGACUUUGGCGACGCUGCUAUUCCCUGUUACGCCGUACGGGCAUCCCUUGAGACGUCUGAGAAAGUCAUGCCUACUAUUGCAGUCCGCUCUAAUGCAAGCAUCCACCGCACCACCCGCCGCAUCCAUGCGUCUCUAUUUGAGAACACUCUGUACGCCACCCGGGUGGUUUUCAGCCCAGCCAUCCCCAUUACCGCCACUCCCACAAUUCUGACCAGCGGUGUGACUCUUGACUGGGACUUGCGUUUCGAGUUCGUGACGCCAAAUAUGAAUGGCGUUCAUAGUCACGGACCAUCCGGAAUUCGCUUACUUGAGACCUUGUCCUCUGACGAUCGCGGCAAAGUUCUGUCCGCGAUGGAGCAUCUGGGCUGCGAAUCAUUUGAAAUCUCCAUCCCCCUGACGGUCUACGGUGAAACCGUGCGGGAGCAAUUGCCAGAAGAGAACGAGGGGUACGUCAUCUAG